AUGACUACCGCAUUUCCCGACGAUAUCAGGUCGACCCCUGAGAGUCCUGCACCUUCGAGUCCGGCUUCGUCCACCGGUCAGAUUCCCUUGGACCAACCACCAAAACUCAAGGGCCGUCACAAGUUGCUCCAGAACCUCCAACGCAUCUCGUCGAGUCCGAGUCUGACUAGACGCGGCCGAUCCGCGUCCACUGGGUAUCGCCGCGAUGGAAAGGCCUCGCUGUCCUGCAUCUCGCUCUCGCAGACGGUCUACUCUCCCUGCUUGGGCAAUGGGAGCUCAUCGCAGUUAUACGGGGGGCUCAAUGCCCAAUCUGUGACGCCUGGCGCCUCUGCCCCGCAGACGGACUACUUCGAAGGCGCUGCUCGCAUCCGAAUGGUCCCCUCGGACUCCCCCAAUGCUUCUCAAUCGAAGACGAUUCCUUUACCUCAGGACCUGCGACCAGGGUCCCGUGGAUUGGCGAUCAGUAUGGCGGAUGUCACAACCGAGGCUACCGUUGCACCGCCCUCACCGAAGCCCAAAGUCUUCGAUCUCUGGGGUAGCUUGCCGGAUGAACUCAAGAUGCGUGUUUUCCGGUACCUCACUCCGAGGGAAAUCGUUCGUUGUUCGGCGGUUUCCAAAGCCUGGAAUGCAAUGUGCUACGACGGGCAGCUUUGGAGUCAGGUGGAUACAACCGACUACUACCGCGACAUUCCUAGCGAAGGCCUUGUGAAGUUAAUGACAGCCGGGGGUCCAUUUGUUCGAGAUCUCAACCUUCGAGGUUGUGUCCAGCUCAAAGAGAAAUGGCGGACCGAGGGUGAACGAAUUACUGACUUGUGUCGGAACGUGGUCAACUUCUCUUUGGAAGGAUGUCGUGUUGACAAGUCCACCAUCCAUUACUUCUUGUUGCGAAACCCCCGCCUCGAAUACAUCAACCUAUCAGGACUGCUCACGGUCACAAACUCCGCCAUGAAGAUCAUCGCUCAGUCAUGUCCGCAGCUGGAGAUUUUGAACGUCUCCUGGUGCACUGGUGUUGAUACCACCGGGUUGAAGAAAGUGGUGGUUGCCUGUCCGAAGCUGAGGGAUCUGCGGGCCAGCGAGAUUCGCGGUUUCCAUGAUGUUGACUUCGCUAUGGAGUUGUUCGAGCGAAACACCUUGGAUCGCUUAAUUAUCAGCCGAACGGAUCUCACCGACCAAAGUUUGAAAGUCCUGAUGCAUGGGGUUGAUCCGGAAAUCGACGUGUUGCUGGAUCGGCCGAUCGUCCCUCCUCGUCGCCUCAAGCAUUUGGAUAUCCACCAGUGUCCUGAUGUCACCGACCAGGGCGUGAAGAGUCUUGCUUGGAAUGUGCCUCACCUGCAAGGACUACAGCUUUCACACUGCGCUGAGCUCACCGAUGACUCCGUUAUCCCUAUCAUCCAAACUACCCCCUGUCUUACUCACCUGGACCUCGAAGAGUUAACUCGGAUCACUAAUCAAACACUGAUCGAGCUUGCCAAAUCGCCAUGCGCUCCUCGUCUGGAGCAUCUCAACAUCAGUUACUGUGAGCUCCUUGGUGACCAGGGAACCCUGCCGAUCAUGAAAAACUGCCUUUCCCUUCGCUCCGUUGAGAUGGACAACACGCGGGUGUCUGAUUUGACUCUAAUGGAAGCCAGUCUCCGCGUUCGCAAGAGGGGCUACGGUGAAAAUCUACCUCAGAUUGGCCUGCGACUCGUCGUGUUUGAUUGCGGCAAUGUGACCUGGGCUGGUGUCAAAGAGGUGCUCUCAAGCAACGCUUUCAUUCCACGAUCUCGCAAACCCCCGCAGACUGUCUCAGUGGUGGCACAGACGGUGGAUCCAGGUCAGGUGCCUGGAUCCCCCACCAUGAUCACGUCUUCCAUCACGCCUCCACCCCCUCCGCCUGUGUAUCCGAAUGAGAUCAUCCACCUGAAGUGUUUCUAUGGGUGGCAGAUGACCGUAAACGAACACAACAAACGAGUGCUCCGCGGGGACCUCAUCGCAGCGAACCGCCUCGAUCGGAAAUGGGCCGAUUACAUGAUGGCGACCGAGGAAGCGGGCACCACCGGCUCAGGCAUGCGCAGGAGACGACGUCGAGCUCGCGAGGCGGAGAGAAUCUACAACGAAGUCGACGAAGAGACCGCCGCGUAUGGAGUCGGGGGUAUCUCAGCCCUAGGAGCGGGACGUCGUCGCCACACAGAGAGUAACUCUGGCUGCACAGUUAUGUGA